GUGGCUGUAGUUACAGGGGCAAAUAAAGGCAUCGGACUGGCGAUUGUUUAAGGGCUGUGCAAAGCAGGUUUCAAUGGAGAUAUUGUCCUUACUGCACGGAAUGAGAAACUGGGACAAGAGGCGGUUGCUGGACUGCAAUCUGAAGGAUGCUUCAUAAUCUUCUAUGAACUUGAUAUAUGUGACCAAGGAAGCUCUCUGAAACUGAAAAAGUUUCUGGAGAAGUACAGCGGCCUCGAUGUUCUUAUCAACAACGCGGGAAUUGCCUUCAAACAUUCCGCAACAGAACCAUUUGGAGAACAGGCUGAGGUGACUAUGCGCACCAACUUCUGGGGAACUCUGUGGGUGUGUCAUACUCUUCUGCCGAUACUUCGACAUAAUGCUAGGGUGGUCAAUGUGUCCAGCUUUGUUAGCAAGAAAUCCCCUGACCAGUGCAGUCCUGAACUACAGGCAAAAUUCCGAAAUAAAGAUCUGUCAGAGGAGGAGUUGUGCCUGCUGAUGGGAGAGUUUGUUCAGGCUGCACAGGCAGGGAAUCAUACGGCUCAGGGCUUGCCAAACACUGCCUAUGGCACCACCAAAAUCGGUGUGACUGUGCUAUCAAGGAUCCAGGCUCGAGUUCUUACCGAGACAAGGCCAGGUGAUGGUAUCCUCUUGAAUGCUUGUUGUCCAGGAUGGGUGCGAACAGACAUGGCUGGACCAAAUGCUACCAAGAGUCCAGAGGAAGGCGCAGAAACGCCUGUUUAUCUGGCAAUGCUGCCUGAAGGAGCCAAAGAGCCGCAUGGACAGCUAGUGUGGGACAAGACUGUACAGGAAUGGUAGGGUGAAGAACAGGUGUCAUCAGUUCAUUCCAUCUGAAAAGAAUGUAAUAAUUACAUCUGGAAGUGACUGACUUUUUCCAAAAUAUACUG